AUCGGGCAGAUGAUUUGUUAAUCCGUCGCUGGCUACGGACUCUUGAAAGCCUUAAACCCUCUUUGCCGCCUUCACACUUCACACUCACACCAUGGAACCCUCUUAGACAAAACACACAAAACACUCACUCUCUCUACUAUCACUCUCUCUACUAUCAACAAGAAGAAGCAUGCGUCUUCGUUAUCCUCACACUCUACUUCCCUUAUUCUCCUCCUCAAAACUCACCACUAUGACCACCCAAACCCUCUUCCACCCGUCUCCAUUUUCACACGUCAAAACCACCCUUUCACCUCAAAGGCACCGUUUUUACCCUCACAGACCCUUCUUCACCGUGUUUUGUUCCAAACCCAUUUCUAGAAACCCUCCAUCACCGCUCAGAACCAACGGGUAUCUUGGGGCCUCUCAUGCCAGCAUACCUAGGCCAGUUCAUUUGGAGAACGCUGCGGAGAAGAGUGUGGAUAUGCAGUUCAAUAUUUUGAAAAAGAAGUUGGAGGCUGUUGGAAUGGAAACAGGAAUAUGUGUACCAGGGCAAUACAACCACUUACUUUGUCCUGAGUGCCAAGGUGGUGACACAGGAGAAAGGAGCUUAUCUCUUUACAUUGCAUCAGAUGGGGGGUCUGCUGUGUGGAUGUGUUUUCGUGGAAAGUGUGGGUGGAAAGGCAGCUCACAGGCCUUUGCUGGCAGCAGUUCAAAUUCUACAUAUAAAGCAUUCCCUGUUAAAAAGAAGAGAGAACUUACAGAAGAGGAAUUGCAACUAGAACCACUUUGUAAUGAGUUGCAAUCAUAUUUUGCGGAGCGCUUGAUUUCAAAGGAAACUCUGCAGAGAAAUGCUGUCAAGCAGAGAAAAUAUGACGAUCAGAUUGUUAUUGCAUUUGGAUAUCGUCAUAAUGGAGCACUUAUUAGUUGCAAGUAUCGAGACAUCAACAAGGUCUUUUGGCAGGAAGCAAAUACUGAAAAGAUCUUUUAUGGAUUGGAUGACAUAGUGGGGCAAAGUGAUAUAAUAAUUGUUGAAGGUGAAAUGGACAAGCUGGCAAUGGAAGAAGCUGGCUUCUUCAAUUGUGUCAGUGUUCCUGAUGGUGCACCUCCUUCAGUCUCCUCAAAGGAGUUGCCACCUCCUGAUAAGGACACAAAGUAUCAGUAUCUGUGGAACUGCAAAGAUGUACUAAUGCAGGCAACCCGGAUAAUACUUGCCACUGAUGGGGAUCCACCUGGUCAAGCCUUGGCUGAGGAGCUUGCACGCCGCAUUGGGAAAGAAAGAUGCUGGCGAGUGAGAUGGCCUAAAAAAGGGAGGCUUGAUCAUUGCAAAGAUGCAAACGAGGUUCUCAUGUAUUUGGGCCCUGAUGUACUGAAGGAAGUGAUUGAGAAUGCAGAACUAUAUCCAAUACGUGGAUUGUUUAACUUCAGAGAUUACUUUGACGAGAUUGAUGCAUAUUACCAUCGAACCUUAGGAUAUGAAAUUGGUAUCCCAACUGGGUGGAAUAAUCUGAAUGAGUUGUACAAUGUUGUACCAGGAGAACUGACCAUAGUAACUGGGGUUCCUAAUUCAGGGAAGAGUGAGUGGAUUGAUGCUCUUCUUUGCAAUCUUAAUCAAAUUGCUGGCUGGAAAUUUGCACUUUGUUCUAUGGAGAACAAGAUGACAGAACAUCAUUUAAGAUGGUUUAGACACAUACAAAGAAGGCCAGCGGAGGCAUCGGCGAGGAGACCGGAUGGCAUGACUUUUAGUUCUGUGAAGAGGGGUAACGAGAGACCUAGAAGAAUUUUGGAGAAAAUUAUUAAAAAAGAUAUCAUGGUUAGAGAACAUGCUCGAAAACUUUUGGAGAAACACCUGAAGAAGCCUUUCUUUAAUGAACGUUAUGGCGAACAUGUUGAACGGAUGAGUAUUGAGGAAUUUGAACAGGGCAAGCUCUGGUUAAGUGAUACAUUUUUUCUCAUAAGGUGUGAAGAUGACUCCCUUCCAAAUAUAAAUUGGGUCCUUGACCUUGCAAAAUCUGCUGUAUUAAGGCAUGGGGUGCGUGGACUUGUAAUUGAUCCUUACAAUGAGCUUGAUCAUCAGCGACCUCCAAACCAGCAUGAAACAGAAUAUGUAAGUCAGAUGCUUACCUUAAUCAAACGUUUUGCCCAGCAUCAUGGAUGCCAUGUUUGGUUUGUAGCACAUCCUAGGCAGCUGCAUAAUUGGGUUGGAAGCCCUCCCAAUCUCUAUGAUAUCAGUGGAAGUGCACACUUCAUAAAUAAGUGUGACAAUGGAAUUGUUAUUCACCGAAAUCGGGACCCUGAAGCUGGGCCUGUUGAUCAAGUACAGGUCUGUGUUCGGAAGGUUCGGAAUAAAGUUGCUGGGACAAUUGGUGAUGCCUUUUUGUUGUAUAAUAGGGUAACUGGUGAGUACACGGCAACCGAUGACAAUAAAAAGAAAUAGAAGUGAGAAAUUUUAGUAGGCUUGUGUAAUGGUCAGCAUACGUCUUGAAAUCAAAGCUUCCAUCUGAUACUCGGUUUGCAACAUAACAAGGCUAUGAUGAUUUCACUUUGGGUGCCAGAUCAAGAGCAAGAAUGCUGGAUAACAUCUUAACAUGGCUUGUGAAAAUUGAGUCUAUACUAUUAUUUUGGCCUUACUGUUUGAAGGUCUUUGUAUCCUAUAGGUGGCCUUUUAUAGGAGUUAGCGUUAUAUCUAAAUUUAAUUUUUCAGCACAGCAUCUUAAUCCUUGUAUAUAGAAAGAUUUCCUUGUUACAACCCCAUUGAUCUCAAGUGGAUGAGCUCUAGUUUUUUCCUCAAGACUGUUGACAAUUCUGAAUAUCAAAAUUUAGAACGGAUUUCAAUGGUCUUCUGUCGUAGAAUUUACUGUUUCUACUAAUUGCCUGUUUGUAAUAUUCGGUAAAUGGAUUAUUAAUUGAUUGGCUUACCUUCAUUUU